CGCUUCCGGUUUCACUCUGGACUUCAGCGCGCGCGUGAACUCUGGAAAAAACACAUCAGGACUUUUCUCUGUCAUCCAGGAUUGUGUCUUUCUCUUCAAAGUGUGGUUUGGGAAUGUGUUUACUGGACGAUUAUUCCGUUCGUGGAUUAAUAUUGCCUUACUGAAGACUUUAUUUGUACACUAAAGAGAAGGAGGAACAUCACCUGUAACACUUGACCAAUGACACCUGUUGACUCUUCGGCGCUGGUUUUAAGAGAAACUGUGUAAUAAACAAACUACGAGGAUACCUGAACGUUUCAUGAGCGAAUUAAGAUGAAAGUCACGGUCAAUUUCGGGGAAACGAGGGUUGUCGUCCCGUGUAAAGACAGUUGGAUGGUACGGGAUUUGAUCGAACAAGCCACUCAAAGAUACAAGAAGAUUGUUGAACAGGAUGGGGAAUUCCUGGUACGGACGCACCAUGUGGAGUACGAGGACGGGGGGAUCCUGGACCCAGAUGACAUGCUAACAGAUCUGGUGGAGGACAAAGACAAGCUGAAGGCUGUGUACGAGAAGAUGGAGGUCCAGGAGAGGGCGAUGGUGAGUCCCGAGGGGAGUGUGGGGUCGGGUGUCUCCAGCCCUGACCACUCUGAACCCGAGCUCAGCGUCCUACAGCCCUACCUGGGCAGCGAGAUUGAGGUCACCACAUCUGCCCUCAAAUCAACCACCCCUCUGUCCGUGCGAAGCAGCAGUGACCCCGCCCUCGCCUCGCACCUGGAUGUCGUUUCAUUGGACAGUGAGGACAACAGCAGACCCCAGUCAACCGGCGUCGGUCAUGCAACGACUGUAAAGGGAGGAGCCAUGGACAAACCCAAGGUGGACGUCCCAAACUUUAGGACUGGACAAGUCAGCUUAAGCAGUCUCACACGGACGGUGAAGAUUUCUGGAGACCUCGGGCCUCUUGGAAUCAAAGUCGUAUCAUACUGCUCCUCACUGAGUGGAAGGACUCUGGGUCUGCAUAUCCGAUCCAUCGAGGAGAACAGCCGCUCUGAACGAGAGAGGAUCUUUCAAGAGGAUGAGUGCAUUGUGCAGAUCAAUGACAUCGAGUUAAUAGACAAGUCCUUCGCUCAGUCUCAGGAGGUGUUUCGCCAAGCCAUGUCCUCCUCGGCCGUAAACUUGGAGGUACUUCCUGUUGCCAACAAGCUUCGUUACGAAAAGAGCCUCAUCGGUCAAAUUUUCAACGGCACCGAACCAUCCACUGUGGUCCCUAAAGUCAAGAGUCCUUUCUUGGUCCAUAAUCUCCGUCCGAGUAAUACAUCGACGCCGUCCCCGGAGCCCCCUGUCUCACAGACCCCGCCCCUAAAGGAGGAGGAGCUUCACCCUGCAAGACACUCCCCUGUUGAAUCAAACCAUUACAGAGAUACGCCUUCUCCUCCCGUCAGCGCAUCCCCCAACCUCAAAGAUCGUAGCAAGAGCCCUGCCCCAAAAACGACCCCAGCCCUCGUUGCGGUGGUUAACAUGACCAGCAAAAAGCCUGGGAAGAAAAUGAAGAUCGAUUUAAAGAAAGGCACGGAGGGCCUCGGUUUCACCGUGGUGACCAGAGAUUCGUCUCUUCAUGGUCCAGGACCCAUUAUGGUCAAGAGCAUUCUGCCUCGCGGAGCUGCCGUUAAAGACGGGCGGCUCAAGUCUGGAGACCGUAUCCUGGAGGUAAAUGGAGUGGACAUUACAGGACGCACACAAGAGGAACUGGUGGCUAUGCUGCGCAGCACCAAACUGGGAGAGACCGUAUCUUUGAUGGUUGGAAGACAAGAGGAGUUUUUGCCCAGAGAACUGAAAGGAGAGCCGCCAGGUCCACUGCUGGUGGAGGACGGGCGAGAGCAGCUGAUGUUUGAAGUUCCUUUGAACGACUCCGGCUCAGCUGGUCUGGGGGUCAGUCUGAAGGGUAACAAGUCUCGAGAGACCGGAGAAGACCUGGGCAUCUUCAUCAAGUCAAUCAUCCACGGUGGCGCCGCAAACAAGGAUGGUCGCUUGCGUGUCAAUGACCAGCUGGUGGCUGUUAACAGUGAAUCCCUGGUCGGACGCUCCAACCACGAUGCCAUGGAAACCCUUCGCUACUCCAUGUCGACUGAAGGGAACCUCCGAGGAACCAUCCAGCUGGUGGUUCUGCGUGCUCUGGAGCGCUCGCCCGCACAGGAAAUUCAGGAAGACAGUCAAUCUCUCCCUAGAAACGACUCUCCUGUUCAUCAUCAUCCUAACAGCAACUACACCAACAGUCCCACAGCGAACAGCCGUGCGUCCGAAGCUGCUCCUGCUCCACAUAGAUCACAUGACGAAAGACAGGAACUGCCAGAGGAGGACUACGAGGACGAUGAUUUCCCCCCUCCACCUUCUGAUCAGGACCUGCUGGAGACAAACCUUCUGCACAAACACCAACCAGAUCGGGCUGAAAUGGAGCCCGUUUCCUACGUGAACCUCCCCAACAACCAACAAUACCCUCAACGACAGACAGUCCCAGAUUACCCCAACAACAGGUCCUCUAAGAGCAUGGAUUUAGUGGCGGAUGAGAGUAACAUGGCCUCCAUUCAAGGACAGCGACCCGAACCCCCCUCCUCUAACGGGACGGCGCUGGGACCCAGGUUAGGUCUUCAGAAGUCCAGUUCUCUGGAGAGCCUCCAGACAGCGAUGGAGGAGGUCAGUAAGGACGAGGUGCCCUUCCACCGACCUCGCGCACACAUGGUCAGAGGCAGAGGAUGCAACCUCAGCUUCCGCCACGCCAUCGACAAGUCCUACGACGGGCCUUCUGAACCCGAGGAUGAUGACUCUGAGGAAGAGUCUGGAAGAGACACUCCCGCCAGCGGAUCCUCUCGCCAGGAACUGGAUGAUGACAACAAGGUAAAGAAAAAGAAAACCAAAAAGAAGAAAGAGAAAAAGAAGAAAAAGAAGGAGGAGCCCGAAGACCCAGAGAAAAAGGCAAAGAAAAAAGGAUUUGGAUUGUUGAGCAAGGAGACCCCGGCUGACCUCAGAUCAGUGCAGAAGAAUAUGUUUGGGAGGAAAAAAGAGGAUAAAGCCAAAUCUAAGGCUAAACAACUGGGCGCUUUGAGCGAAGAGGAGAUGGACAAGAGUGAGCCUGAGCUGUUUCAGUCCAAGAGUGAAAGGAACAGCCCUGCUCCGGACCGUUUCACCUUCCCGGACGUUGAAGAUGAUGAUCUGGAUCCCAACUAUGCUCGCAUCAACAAUUUCAGAGAACCCCCUGCCUCCAGUCACUCCCCGUAUCCACCCGGGACUCCCACCCACAACUACUCUCAGCCUCCCGUCCCGAACAGAGAGGAGGAGCUAGAGGGCCUUUAUGCAAAAGUGAACAAGCAAAGAGCCGCCCCUCCAAAGACUGACAGUAAUGAAGAUCGAUUGCAGCAAAUCCGAAAUCAGCUUCAAAAGGCGAGACCGGCUCCAGCCUACGAAGACCUGAGCAACCGAAGACGCCCAGAGUACGACCCUUCACGAAUCAGAGGGCCUGAUCCACGAAUGGCUCCGAAAUACAACGACGUGGAUCAACCGUAUGCCACUGUGUCCAGGAGGAUGCCCAUGGAGGACUACCCGAACCAGAGAGACAUCGGCCAUUACCCGAACCCCAUCUACGAGACCCAUCGAGACGACUAUCCUUCACGCUCUCCCCGGUUGCCCGUACCCAGACCCACGGAGGCCACGGGAGGUGACUACCCUUCAUAUCCAGCGCAACAGAGGGGUCCCAUGAGGUACGAUAUCCCACCCUCGUCCAACCCAGGUGCCAGAGGACCACCGCGAUAUGAAACGCUAAACCAGGGGAACUAUCGGACGGCCAGUCCUGAUCGCUACGGGUCAUACGGAGACGAACAAUACCAAGAUCCCCGGCAGAAAAACCCAAUCGGAGCUGUCUAGAGGAGGAGGAAGUAGGUUUGUGCUGAAAAGGCAAGUGGUUGUGUAAAGUAGGUAAUGUUGGACACUGAAGGAACAAUCUAAUGAAUUUUUUAGACUUAUGAGAAGAAAAAGCUAAUAAAAUUGGCUUGGAGUAGCCAUCGAUUACUGAUUAAUUAAUAAACUUUGUGAAUUUUUAUUAUUAUUAUUAUUAAAUGUCAGCCAUUUUUCCUCUUAAAUAGCAGGAUGGGAUGUGUGUAUUGCUCAGUUUCUGGACAUCAACUCAAUUUUACGCCAGUCAGUUAAGUUUGAAUUGUACAGCUUUACGAAGCAUUUAGGGUUGUAUGUACAUUUUGCAUGUGUUUAAUUCAUGACACCACACAAAUGUGGAUAUGAUGGUCUGCUGUGGUUCGUAUGGCCAUUUAUGCCCCUAGUUGUACCAUUCGUUUUGUUGAUGAUGUCAUUGGUAGCUUCUAAUUAUGCUACGAUUUUUCCAGAGUUGUCUGUUUAUGUAUCGGGUGCCUUAUGCUAAAUCGAGAAGGUUUUAAGUCUGAAGAAAUUUACCAUCAGUUUACUUAUUUUGUGGUUGAAGAAUGUUUUUUCUUUUAGAUUUUUAUUGCAUUUUGUUGCCUUUGCAGGAACCUUGUCAUCCUACAACACUUCAGUUAACGUGAAUCAAUCCUAAAGUGUUUUUGUGCAAUGUUUAAGGGUAAUAUUCUCUUUCUAUCCCUUCCUCCUUGAUUAAUUUUUGUUAAACUUUUCUGGGAUCCAAAAACAAGGAAAAGGGCGAGGUAACACAAAUGUCUGAUCUGAUCUCAGUCUCGAACAACUGUUUUGACUUUUAUCUUAGGUUUGAGAUUUUAACGUUCCUGGCAUCUGUUUUAUCGUAGUGUGAAACGCUGCCCCCUAGGCGCAGUACAACUUGUUUCGUAAAAUCUGUUUAUGUAGUUAAAAGACACAUUACCAGGAAAUACAGGAUCCCGUACGAACCAACUUCGAAAACAAACGUAAUGAAUUUUUGCACCUACUUUAUAUUCAGUUUUGCACAUUUAAUGCCUGAGUGAAGUGGUUUGCAGUAAAAUGGAUGGAUUGAAACUGGAGAUGCUGAGAACAUGCAGAAUACAGUACAUGACUUUUUUUUUUAUCUUGUACACAUGCUACUCAUAAAUCAACUUAAUACUAUGUAUGGAUAUUCAAUCGAUGUUCAAUCUUGUGUCGGUCUCGUCACUGAAAAGAUAAUAUUUUUUAUAUCACAUUUUUUUCAAAAAUCUAUCUUUGUGUUUAUUUUUUAUUCUACUGGAAUUUUUAU